UCACCAAAGGUUUGAGUGAAAAAGGAUAAUAAAAGGUGUUUUGUCCAGGAGUUCUCAUAAACUUUCAUAAUUCACUAAUAAUCGAGAGUUGAAUAAAGACUCACUUUGCGAGGAGAGAAUAACCAGAAACCUCCUUUAAUUUUUUUCAUUCAGAAAAGAAAGCUCAUCAGUUGUUUAUCUUAAGCAAAAGAAGAUAAUAUCCUACCUUACGAAGAGUACCCUGACGACUUGAACGAAACUUGGAUGAACCACAGAGUGCCUAAUGGGAUAUCAACAUGGCUAACUUUAACUUCAAUCCAUCAACUACCAAUAUCAACCUAAGGCUGGGUUUCUUUAAUAAAAUUCUGCUACGAGCAGUCUAUCGUAUUUGCGAGAAUCUUUUUCUUAAAGGAAAUUACCAAACGCUGGCAUCGGCAAUGAAUAUACUACUCUUGGUGGUCUUAUUCACUCAAAUUAAUCUCACAUCCUUUUUCCGUGUUAAUAACCUCUUUCAAAUUUGUAUUUUUCUGUCUUUUUGCAUAUUUAAGACUCGUUGAGUACAAAUCUCACCGAUUUGGUAUAAAAUUGCACCCAAAUCUCAACCAAUUCGC